AUGUCUGACGACGAAGGAGAUUAUGAUGGAGGUUUCUCCCCAGCCUACGACGCAGAUGAGCCCGAAGAGCCCGACUAUGAUCCCGAAGGAAUUGAAGACACCAACAACGUUUCCACGGGCGAAGUAGACGACGUGGCAGUAUCGACUCAAAAUCCCGACCAGCUACUCACUACUGGCGAACGCGGCGUCGUAACAUCGGGCGAUUUACAUGCUGCUAAUCGAGCUAAGAGCAAUAUCGCGCCCAAGGACAAGAAAAUUCCCAAGGAGCAAAGAACUACUACUCCCUACAUGACCAAAUACGAGCGCGCCAGAAUCUUGGGAACUAGAGCCUUGCAAAUCAGUAUGAAUGCGCCGAUUUUGGUUGAUCAGGAGGGCGAGACGGAUCCUCUGCAGAUUGCCAUUAAGGAGUUGAGGGAUAAGAAGAUUCCGUUGAUUGUGAGACGUUAUAUGCCUGAUGGAUGGUAUGAAGAUUGGACUUGCGAAGAAUUGCUGCAGUGA